AUGGAGAAUUCCACCUCGGUCCCUCUCCUGGGUAACAGCGGCUGCACCUUCCAGGAGAAGUUCAAGAACAUCCUGCUCCCCAUCACUUACACAGUAGUGCUGGUCCUUGGCAUGGUGUUGAACUUGACAAUGGUGGUCCACAUUUGGUUCUCUCACAAGGUCCUGACCAAGAACACCAUCUACAUGCUCAACCUUGCCAUUGCCGAUGUCCUGUACGUGUGUUCCCUCCCUCUUCUGAUCUACAACUAUAUCCACAUGGACUACUGGCCCUUCGGUGAAAUCGCAUGCAAGGCUGUACGAUUUUUGUUCUACGCCAACCUUCACGGGAGCAUCCUCUUUCUCACCUGCAUCAGCCUUCAGCGUUACAUUGGCAUCUGCUACCCGCUGAGCCUGUGGCACAAGAAGCGGGGGCCCAGGUUCGCCUGGAUGGUGUGUGGCCUGGUUUGGGUAUUCGUGCUGGUGGAGUGCGCUCCCACCUGGAGAUUUGCCACCACCGGCGUGCAGAGGAACCGCACCGUCUGCUAUGACCUGAGCAGCCCCGAGUUCUCCCGCCAUUACUUUCCCUAUGGGAUCGCCCUGACCGUGGUGGGCUUCGCCAUUCCCUUUGUCGGGUUGCUGGCCUGCUAUUGCUCCAUGGUGGUGGUCCUCAGCAAGCCAGACCACCUCCUGGGACUUGCCAACCAGCAGAAGAGGAGCAGGGCCCUGCGGAUGGUGGUCAUCGUGGCCAUCGUGUUUGUGAUCAGCUUCGUGCCCUUCCACCUGACCAAGACCAUGUACCUCGUUGUCCGCGCCGGGCGGUCUGUCCCCUGUGAGACGCUCCAGAGAUUUGCUUGGGCUUACAAGUCGACCAGGCCUCUGGCCAGCAUGAACAGUGUGUUGGACCCCAUUCUGUUCUACUUCACCCACAAGAAUUUCACGCUGGGACCGAGAACCCUGAUGCGGAUGGUCAAUGCCACUGAAAAGAUUGGUAAGGGUGGAAAGCCAUGA